AGGCAGAGGGAUCCCCAUCUCCCAGGCUCCUGCCUUGGAUGCUCUCUCAGGAUCCCACCUCCUUCCCCUUAUCAUAUGCUCACCUUAGUGUCAACAGCAUCAGGCAAAUCCAAGAAAGGAGAUCUGAACUCUUUCGGCUUCUGUUCUCCUCAGAUUUCUGAGCAUCUAUUUUUAAAUACCCUCCAAGUAACUUGGACAGGGAAGCUGGAUGUGCAAUCUCUGAGUAGAGGGAAGAUCUCUCUUUUUUGCCAUGUCAGCUGACAGCCACCAGCUCCACACUCAUUCCUAUGAGGACUCACAAAGUUCUGCUUGUCACAGUCUCUUGAAUAUCCAGAGUCACCUCCUGUCCAAGAGCUCGUCAAAUCUGGCCUGUACUGGGCAAUCAAUUCUAGAAGAAAGGCAAAACAACAAACAGGAGCUGAAGAAAAGCCAUAGUAGCACCAUCUGCCAUAUCCUGGAAAACAGGAGUGAUGCAAGGAGUGUACAGAGUCCUGAGUGGUCCUUCUCGCAGCCUGGGGUGAUGGGACUUGGGUCAGAGGCCCAAACCAUAAGGGACCAGUCAGCCAAUGACCAUUCAGAGAGAAGAACUAAGACUGCAAACCAUUUUCUUAUAUCUGAACAGUCCUCAGCAUCCUGGGAAGUGGGGGACACUAAGAUGCCUGUAAAGAGCAGCACUGUUGAGAAUGUUUCUUCAGCCUGCAGUGUUCACCAGCAAAGCGUAUGUAAAAUGGAAGAAUCAGGAACUGGCCUUCAGAGAAGCCACUCAGACCUAACUUGCAGUUGCAAACAGCAGGCUUAUGUCACUCACAUAGAAACCAGUGCUACUCACUCAAGCCUAAGCUCUUCUAGCUGCAGGCAUGGUUUGCCAGUGGCUAGAAUGUCCUCCCAAACACAGAGAUAUGGAUCAGAAACAAAUGAAAAUACAUCUCACUACCAAAACCUUGUGACUCAUCUUCCAGUCCUACCUAGAGACCAACAAGUACCCACAAACACUUUUGACAGUGGCAGUAUUCCACGCAACACUACUGUUUACACAGAUCCUGGAACAUUUCACGCUGCUGUUCUGAGGCCCCACAUGCCUGGAAAUGGUUUCCAAAACAGGACAAUGUUCAGUCAAGCCACUGGGAUUAUUCACGGUGGUGUGACUUAUGGUAAUAUUCCAAACUCUGCAUACUCCCCCAUAGUGAUGACAGUUCAUAACAACUCUGCAGGCCCCUGUAAUAUAAGGCAGAAUGCCUGUGUGAAGGCUGAUGCCACCAUCCCUGCCUAUUGCCACUCUUUGCCCAUACCAUCCAUACAGCUCGUUCCACGGCUGGUGUGCUCAGUUAGUGAGACAGGAAGAGAGCAGGCAGCACCUGGCUAUCUUCACUCCUUUUCUGCUGCAGACAUUCUGACAUAUCCUAAGCUGGUGUCUUCAGUAAGUGAGUCAGGCCUGGAUGCCAAGAGAGUCCUGAAGUGCUGUAGCAUCCCUGGAGAACAACUGCAACAUACUCAGCACUGUGCUGAACAGGAGAGAGCUCCUUCAGAAACCAAGGCUGCCUGUGUUGCUCUUAGCAGCCAGCAAGGUGCAGACAUGGUAGUGACAACUAAGGAUAUGUGGACUAUGACCUCUAUGAAUGAUUUAACCAAAGGACUGAAACCAGCUCUUGAGUGUAGAGAUGUCGAGGUACAAACUCUUCCAACCACGGAAUACAAAUCUGUGGCAACAAGCCCAGCAGCUGCAGCAGAAGGUCACUCACAUGUGUUCCCAGAGGUGAACCUGGAGCAAGACUUAGAGGCCCCCAUGUCUCCAGUACGUGAAGUGCGAUGGGAUGAUGAAGGAAUGACGUGGGAAGUGUAUGGGGCAUCUGUGGAUCCAGAAGUCCUCGGGGUAGCCAUUCAAAAACACCUCGAGUUUCAAAUAGAACAAACCCAGACAGAGCAAGCUGAGAUGGCUGAGAAAAAUAAUGAGGAGACACCUUCUGAAAAAACAGGAAAAAAAAGGCCUUUCAGAACAAUGAUGCAUUCCCUGAGAUAUCCCAGCUGUUGUGCUCGUUCCAGUACUGCAGUGGAGUGA